UUUGGUUUCACCGUAACUCCUUUCCUUGAAUAUUCUUCUUUAAAAUCUUCAAGCUUCUAUAACAACAACAGUUUCAUGGAGGUGAAACUGUUUCUCCUUCUGAUGGCAUUAUUGGUGACUCUCUCCUCUUCAAGCUCCAUAUCUAAUAGUGUGUUCGAAUCUGAGACCUCGGUUAGUGGAAGGAACCUACUUAACGCCAAGAAACAUUGUGAAGUGGACUUUGAGAGUAAGAACUACACGGAUCUGACGAGACACUGUAGAGGUCCAACGUAUCCAGCGAAAGAAUGUUGCCAGGCGUUUAAAGAGUUUGCAUGUCCUUACGCGAAUCAAAUCAGCGACUUGAAUACUGACUGUGCCAAAAUAAUGUUCAGCUACAUUAGCGCUUACGGUCACUAUCCACUUGGUCUUUUCGCCAACGAGUGCAAAGAAACCAAAGUGGGACUCGUUUGCCCUUCUCCACCAAACCUAAACGCCUCAACCGCUCCUCAUCGCAUCACGCCGGUGGUCUCUGCCGCAACCGCUAUUUUGGCUUUUCUAGUCUUGGCUUAGUAUAGUAGCAUUCCAACAAAAUAAACACUUAUCUUUUAUUCCUGUAACCAGAAAUGUUAACAAGAAAUGAACAUAGUUUGCUAAAAAUAACCAAAAGGUGUCAUGUGGGUAUAGCAAUAUCAGAAGACUCCG